AUGUGUGCAAAGCGGCUCGUUGGGCAUGAUUCGGACCAAAGACUUUUCCGAUGGCUUGCAUCUCCCAUACACAAGACUCUCGGUGUUUGGAAUAACAGAAAUUUUCCAACAAUAAUAUUUAAAACAUUUCUGAUCCGAUGUUUUUCUACGAGUAAAUUAAUACAUGAAGCCAAGAGCCAAGAGAAUAAUUUUUCAUCGUCUCAUCACCAUAGUAAUCAUCACAACAAAUCAUACACAGUGGCCAAGCCUCCUGAGCCACCAAAAAUUGUACACGAGGAGCAAAUUACUCUUUCUUUUAGCGACCCACAACCAAGCACAACUAAUUUAACAAAAUAUAACCUCGGAAAUCGUUCGUCUCGUAUCCAACACCACAUUCAAACCGAAAACAAUGAAACACAACAUGAUACUAAGCCAACAAAUGAGGCUCUAGCAGAAUCCGCGAGACUAUUGCUGCUUAAAAACGCAGAAGAUGCCAUUAACGUUAUCAAAACGUCUUGUGAACUCGGUAGUGAUGGAAGGAUAAACAUUAUUCAUUUACUUUCUCAAGAGGGUGGGGUUGAAGUUCUUUGGAGGCUUCAUCAAGCAUAUUCUGAAAUUGGAAAUUUUGAAGAAAUGAAGAAUAUUUAUUUGACCGUUGAAGCACAGAAAAAUAUUGAUGUCUUUAUCAAAAACAGGUUUAAGGGAGAGUUUGUCAAUUUGUAUUCUAAAAGUGGAAAUUUCAAAGCGGCAUUUCAUGUAUUGGACGGUCUUCCAAUUUCGUCAAAGUGGAUUCAAUUAUUUAUUAAUGCAUCACAACAAAUAUUGCAAAAAAAUGUUGGUGAAGUGCAUCACGUUAUCAAGUAUCUAUCUCAGUUAAUUAAUCAUAGAAUGGAUGAAAUUAAUAAGAAAAUUAUCAAUCCAGAUCAUUUGUUAAAACCAGACCUAAAUACACAAAAUAAGGAAGUUGGAAAAACAACCACUAGUCAGCAGGUACAUGAUCACAUCUCAAGGUCCGAGCCACUUGAAAACUCUCUUCGCAAAAUUAGGAUCUUUUUUGAAACCUUUGGUGCAAAGUCACAUCUCAGCCGAUUCGCUCUCAUGAUUGCUGAAGCCUACUCUUUUCUUGAUGAACAUGCCAACAUUGAGACUAUUUUCAACCAUUUACUCGACUCAAAAAAAGAGAACGUGAAACAUACGUAUGCUACUACUAUCAACCUCAGAAAAUUGAAAACUUUAGCAAUGCAGUCUCUGAUAUGGCAACAACGACACCAAGAUGCUAUCACUUUGUUUUUUGACAAAACUAUACCUUCAGAUAAUGGUAGCUUUGAGCAAUUAAUGAAAGCGUUCAUUGAUCUGGGACAAAUGGAUUUUGCAAUUUAUUUAUACAAAAAGUACAUUACGAAUCCGACAGUAGGCAUAUUUAGCGAGUUGGUUAAGGCGUACGUUUUAAAAGGAUCAUUACAAAAAGCAGAAGAAAUAAUGAGGGAGUUCUUGGAGGCCACUUUUAUUCCACAGCAUCGUAAAGUGGCUUUUCAAACAUUGCUGCUAAAAGCAUAUGCUGAGAAUCAUCUCAUUUAUCAAGCUCAAAAAUUAUUUGAUACCAUCACUCAACCUGAUAACAGAUGCUACAAUGAAUUAAUGAAAGCAUAUUGUAACAUUGGCGAUAGCGUGAAAGCUAGAGAAAUUUUCAAAGUUAUUCCUGAAAAGGACACAGUGAGUUACUUGUAUCUGCUGGAAAGUUACUUGCUGGAUUCUGAUUCUAGAUCAGCUCUCAAAGCGUAUGAACACAUUCCACAACCUACGAGUUCCCAUGCGGAUAUUGUGAUACGAACUAUUUUGAGAGAUGAGAAUUAUGGUGGCCUUGAACAAGCAAUUCAAUUUUUUAACACACUCGAACAGCCAGUAUUGAGCACUCAGAAACACAUAUUGAGGGCGCUAGCAAAAUUUGGCUCUGAGAAGGAAGUUUAUGAAUUUCUCGAAGCAAUUCCCAACCCAGACAUGGAGUGCUUGAGCUGUCUUUUAUUGCAUAUAUUUAAAAGUGGGAGUCCUGACAUUGAAGCCGCUAAAAAAGUGUUUGACAUGAUUCCUCAUCCUGAUGGUAUUUGUUAUGGCUACAUGAUUUGUAUUUAUGGUAGAAUUGGAGAUUUAGAGAUGGUGAACCAAUUACUCCACCAAUUUCCAUCCACUUUUACAAUGCAAGGAUAUUUCUAUGCUUAUAUUGCCAACGAUGAGACCAAACAGCUUCUAGAAGAGUAUCCUCAACUGUUAGCGAAAUAUCCUCGUUGCUUUUCAACCAAUGAUGUGUAUGUAUCAGCAAUAAUGGAAGCAAUUCGAAGUAGAAAUGGAGAAGCAGCCCUUGAAUUGUUUUUCAUUUACAUGGAACAUGCAAGGACCAAGUUGGCUCGUGAUCUUGCGUCACUUCUUGAAUUUAUUUGCCAUGAAGGUAGUAUUGAGAAAUACAAAAGACUGCAGCCACUUAUUCAAAAAAUUGUGGAAGCUCUGCCGAAAUGUGUCUCCACACCAAAUGUUCGAGACAAAAUAGACAAAUUGGUAACAGACAUCAAGGAGGUUUUGGAAACGGAUGUUUAA